GCCAUGAUUUAUUUCGCCAGGGAGGAACUGCACACAAGCUCCGCCUCCACCUCGACCCAGCACCAUGAUCAAAGGCUCCUUUUCGACUGCGCCUGAUGCGUCGCCGGACCUGGGUGCGACCCAUCUCGACGACCAAAUCCCCUCCUCUGAGGAUGACGACCUGAGCCCUGAGUCUUCAGAUGAGCUGGAAGGCGCCGAAGUUUCAAGAACCGAAGCACCCGGGUUUGCCCCACGAGCCCAAGCCCUUACUCACAGAAGAGGGUAUACAUGGCGCUGGCGCUGGCGUAGGCAUCGGCAGCGGCGCAGGAGGUUUCGCCAUGAAUGAUGCAAGUGUCGCUGCAGAACUGGGUGCCAUUUACACGAACGUGCAAAAGGUGCUCGACAUACGCCAUAAAUAUAUCCGUCUCUCCCUCCAAGGCAACUUUGACAACCCCAAAGACGACCCUUCUUGGAACAUUUAUCCACCCCACCCACAGCCGGUGUGGAAGGAAAAGGAGCGCCAAAAUGCUUCGGGCAGCUUGCAGAACAGCACGGUCCUCGAUCCAAAUGAUGCGCUCCAAAAGCCACCCCGCAAAAUGGGUCAGAACAUUGGAGAGGACUUCAACAUGGAUGAUUUGCUGCCUCUACCCAGCGUUUCUGAGAUGUCAUUCCGUCUAGACGAGAGCGGCGUCUUCCAGGUCUACGAGACCUCCAAGUCGGCGGAGCUUGACACGCCCAUCGUAGCCAUCCCUACGCUACGAGACUACUACAUGGACCUUGACAGCAUCCUCGAAAUCUCUUCUGACGGACCCAGCAAGAGCUUUGCUUUUCGACGGCUACAGUACCUUGAAGGAAAGUUCAAUCUGUACUAUUUAUUGAACGAGUACCAGGAGACUGCCGACACGAAAAAGGUGCCCCAUAGGGACUUUUACAACGUUCGUAAAAUCGAUACUCACGUCCAUCAUUCAGCCUGCAUGAACCAGAAGCAUUUACUCCGCUUCAUCAAAUCCAAGAUGAAGAAGUCGCCAGACGAGGUCGUCAUCUUCCGCGACGGCAAGGAACUCACUCUGAAAGAAGUAUUUGAAUCAAUCAAUUUGACAGCUUACGAUCUCAGUAUCGACACGCUCGAUAUGCAUGCGCACACUGAUUCGUUCCAUCGUUUCGACAAGUUCAAUCUCAAGUACAACCCGGUUGGCGAGUCUCGGUUGCGUACGAUUUUCCUGAAGACGGAUAACUUCAUCAAAGGCCGGUACUUGGCUGAGAUCACAAAAGAAGUCAUUUCUGAUCUUGAAUCGAGCAAAUAUCAGUUCGUGGAGUGGCGCAUCUCGAUUUAUGGUCGUGACAUUGAUGAGUGGGACAAGCUUGCUGCUUGGGUUGUGGACAACAAGCUGUUCUCGCCUAAUGUGCGAUGGCUCAUUCAGAUACCUCGUCUGUACGAUGUAUACAAGGGAUCGGGCUUGAUGGACAAUUUUGAGCAAGUCAUUGUCAAUGUAUUCAAGCCUCUCUUCGAGGUCACCAGAGAUCCGAACAGUCAUCCCAAGCUUCACAUCUUCUUACAGAGAGUCAUUGGUUUUGACAGCGUUGACGACGAGAGCAAGGUUGAGAGGAGAGUCUACAAGAAGUUCCCAUACCCUUCCAACUGGUCGACAAAGCAGAACCCGCCCUACAGUUACUGGAUGUACUAUCUAUUUGCCAACAUCGCAUCGUUGAAUGUCUGGCGGAAGCAGCGAGGGUUCAACACAUUCUUGCUUCGGCCACAUUGUGGUGAAGCCGGAGACACCGACCAUUUGGCAGCCGCUGUUCUCUGCACUCACAGCAUCAGUCACGGUCUGCUUUUGCGCAAGGUGCCCUUCCUACAAUACAUCUUCUACCUGGAACAGAUCGGUGUAGCCAUGUCUCCACUGAGCAACAACGCCUUGUUCCUAGCAUACGAGCGCAAUCCCUUCCUUAGCUACUUCAGGCGAGGACUGAACGUCUCACUGUCCACCGACGAUCCUCUCCAAUUCGCCUUCACCAAAGAGCCUCUGAUAGAAGAGUACUCGGUCGCAGCUCAGAUUUACAAGCUGAGUGCGGUAGACAUGUGCGAGCUCGCAAAGCACUCCGUCGAGCAAAGCGGGUUCGAGCACGUCAUCAAGCAACGCUUCCUAGGCCAAAAUUACCAUCUCCCGGGCGUCGACGGCAACGACGUCGCAAAGUCCAACGUCCCUAGUAUUCGCGAGGCCUUCCGCCACGAGACCCUCAUGUCGGAGCUCGCCAUGAUCGAACGCUACACGCGUGCCUCGCAGACUAACACCAAUGCCCUGACGAGCUCGAAUCUCCAACCUGCAUCCGCUCCGCCGCAGACCCCCGUCUCCAACAAUACCACUCAUCCUGGCUCCCCUGUCGCCUCGCUGAAAACCCAUCCUUCGAAUGCCAAUCUGCAGUCCGACCAUCAAGCUUUCUCCCUCCCACCGGCUCACCAGUCCCCUAUGUUCCCCGCCCAGCAAGCGCGCAUUCCUUCAGGCGGUCCCGCUGGCGACACGCGCACCCAGCCCGCAUCUCCGACCCGCACCAAGGACCCAGAGUUCGAACGAGCGUACCGCGUCUCGAGCAUGGGCAUGAGCCAAGGUGGGUCUGCACCGCCGCAGCCCACAGGUGCCGCGCAAGGAAGCGGUGCCAUGUCCCCAGACGAGUCGUUCGGCGGCCUGCAGCGCACGCAGAGCGUUGUUACCAUCGACGGUGCGGAGCCCAGAAUGUUUCCAGGGGUUGUGAGUCGCCAUGGACGGAGGAGGAGCAGCAUCCGGAGCAACGAUGUUGGUGCGGAAGCGGGCGUGCAGAGCGCGAUUCCAGCCGCAGUAUUGCAGACGCCGGGGAGAGUCGCAUUCAAGGAGAAUUCCGUGACUGAGGAGCCCGACACAGAUGACGAGGACUUGUAGACUUGGGCGUAAUUGCUAACACGGUGGCGAUGGAAGUCUUUCCAAAUGAUGGUGGCACGUGGGUAAUGAAAAAACUUCCGAGGCAGCGACGGGAUGACGAAUCAAUUUGGCACCUAGACUGGAUGGAUGGACUCGGAUAUGGCUUUGGCUUUGGAAUUCCUACGACUAUGACUUCAACGCCUCACGAAGGAUCUGUCAACAUCUCCUUCACAUUCCUGAUGUAUUCUUUUCGCUCAACCGAGUGCUUCGAUUUAGCUACUAUCUUACAUCGUCAUGAGUAGACCAG